AUGAUCCUCCACGCAUCUUUGGGGACAAUUUCUAGUGUUUUAGCACCCCUCGCCACCUCCAUUGGAGCCAACUUCACCAGCGCUACCGCCUCACCCCCUCCAGUUUCCCUCUCCGGGAUCGGAUCUUACUCUGGCAUUCAGGUCAACCAAACGCUGAGUGGCCAUGCACUUCCUCGCCCUGUCGACGCGUGGCUCGGCGUAGACUAUGCCAUCCAACCUGUGGGCGAGAACCGCUUCCGACCCAUUCAAGGUGUACCUGCCCCAUUUCCUGGCGUUCACGAUGCUGGAAAGUACGGGCCAGCUUGCACUCAGGACCCAGCCUACGUCAACUUGGACAAGCAAGACGAAGCAUGCCUCAACUUCAAUGUCUACCGACCGGCAGAGGUGCCAUUGAGUCAAAGGUUGCCCACACUCGUGUGGAUCCAUGGAGGGGGCUUCGUGCUCUACUCUGCCUUGACCAUGGACGGCGCGUCUUUUGUCGCGUCGUCCCGCGAGCCGGUCAUGGUAGUCACGUUCAACUACCGUCUCAAUUCAUUCGGUUUCCUUCCCAGCAAGCUCUUCGAGCGACAGGGCUUGCUGAACCUCGGUCUCCAGGACCAGACAUUUUUCCUCGAGUUUCUGCAAACUCACCUGUCAGAGUUCGGGGGCGACCAAAAGCAGAUUACUCUGGGCGGGCUUUCGGCCGGAGCACAUUCCACGGCGUUUCAGUACUUUCACAAUUACGGCGUCAGCAAAGGGAAUCCUCUUUUUGCCAGAGCAUUCAUGCAGUCUGGAGCAGCCACAGCCCGAGCGUUCCCGCCUGUCGACUACCCGCGGUACAAGAGCGAUUUUGAAAGCCUCAUGAGCCACAUUGGGUGCGACACAGAUGUGGGUGACAAGGAACAGCUCAGCUGUCUCCGCAACGCCCCCGCUCGGGAGAUCGAGAAGAUCACGUCGGCGAUUUAUGCAGAGGCAGAGCCUAAUCUUAAUUGGCCUUGGCAACCCGCGCUUGGCGGCGCACUUCUGGAGCACUCGGGGUCACAAUCGCUUACCGAAGGGACAUUUCACCAUCUUCCUCUGGUGACGAGCCACACCACCGACGAGGGCAAACUAUACACCCCAGGCUACCUGCAAACAAAUGAUGAUUUUAUCGAGUUUUGGCAUCGGAUGAGCCCCGGGCUGAACAGAACCGACCUGGCCAUAUUGAACGACCUGUACCCGGACCCUGUUGCGCAUCCUGAGUCUGCCUGGGCAAAGUCCCCAAACAGUACCCAAUAUAAUCGCCUCUCGGCCUCGUGGUCGGACAUGGCUUAUAUUUGUCCUAGUCGACAGACGGCGCGGCGCACAUCCGAUGCCGACGUUCCAACUUGGAGGCUGCGCUUCAACACGCCCACAAACCCAUUGAGUGCGCAAUCAUGGAAGGGCAUUCCACACGCAUCGGAUAUGUCCUACUUAUGGAACGACCCUAGUGUUCCAUUCAAAGAGACUGCUAGGCGGUAUCACGCAUACAUGGCAAGCUUCGUUGCAACCGGGGACCCCAACAAGCUGCGUGAGGACGACGCCGUAGCGUGGCCCAUGUACAAGGCCGAUGGCAAUGAGGUGCCGAGCCAAGUCGUUGUGAACCCGGAGUCUGUAGAUGUCGAGAAGGACGACAAGAGGGUCAGGCAGUGUGAGUUCUGGAACGACAUUGACCGGGCACACAGGUUGAACAAGUAG